AUGCACUUGGGGCCCGCCUCCGCCUGUGCCGCUUCCGUCGCGCCAGCCGCGGGCUCUGAGGUCGCGGGGAUGAGCUCCGAGGCCGCGGGGAUGGGCUCCGAGGACGCGGGGAUGGGCUCCGAGGUGGCGCGGCUGCUGGAGGCCGUGGACUUUGCAGCCAGGAAACACAAGGAGCAGCGGCGAAUGGAUCCCGAGGGCACCCCCUACAUCAACCACCCCAUCGCCGUGGCCAGGAUCCUGGCGCAUGAAGCCGGCGUGACGGACCUGGUGGUGCUGCAGGCCGCCCUGCUGCACGACACCGUGGAGGACACGGACACCACGUUCUCGGAGAUCGAGGAGCGGUUCGGUGCCGAGGUGCGGCGCGUGGUGGAGGAGGUGACGGACGACAAGAGCCUGCCCAAGAUGGAGCGCAAGCGGCUGCAGAUCGAGCGCGCUCCCGCCUGCAGCCGCCGCGCCAAGCUGGUCAAGCUGGCGGACAAGCUGCACAACCUGCGGGACCUGAACCGCUGCACCCCGAAAGGGUGGUCGGAGGAGCGCGUGCAGGAGUACUUCCGGUGGGCGGCGCGCGUGGUGUCGGGGCUGCGCGGGACCAGCGCGGCCCUGGAGGGGGCGCUGCAGCGCCUGUUCGAGGAGCGCGCCGUCCCCACGUGACCGGGGCCGCGCCCUCCUCGGCCAAUAAACGUGCUCAGAUCUCGG